GACGGCGAGCAGGCGUUUGAGCAGUAGCCUACAGUCAGUCAGUGCUGUGUGUGUGUGUGUGUGUAUGUGAGAGAGACAGAGAGAGUGUGUGCGUGUGUGUGUAAGCGUGUGUGUGUAUAGUCAGCCCUGCACCCUGUGUCCUACUUUUUCUACGGAGGGAUGCUGCACUGAAAAGAGAAGGCAGAUCCGAGCAGGAGUCUCCAAGCAUGAGGACGCUCCGCGCUGUCUUUCUGCCUAGUUUCGGCCGUUUCGCCGCGCUGCUGCCUCCAGCCUCCGGCCGCCUCACUGGAGCUCUCGGUCGGCGGGCGUGAGCAAGGUUUGCCGCGUUCGAGCCGCUUCAGACCCGUCUCCCCCUCCGUCUCCGUCCGUCCCUCUGUCGGCGGGGUGAAAGAGAGAGAGGAGGAGGAGAGUGGGUAACGGGGGAAGGGAAGGGGGUCCACCGCCGUCCGGAGCCGGAGCAUGGACCCCCUGACCGAGACGCAGGACGAGAGGAGCCCGCCGGGCUGGAGCCUCGGAGCUGCGGGCGGGGAGGCGAGCGAGCAGCGCCGCGGGAGGGCCGAGACUAGGCGGCCCGGGGAGAGCCCCAGCACCGCGGAGGACGGAGAAGAGGCGCUGGAGGAGAAACUCAAAGGGCUGGCGUUUAGAAAGCAGACCUCGUACAGGAAAGCCAUCUCACGCUCAGGCCUGCAGCAUUUGGCCCCGGUCCAGAGCUCCUUACCCACCCUGACCAACGGACCGGCCAAGGAUCCACGCGCCGCCGUCGACUGGACCGAGAAUGCAGUGAAUGGGGACCAUUUAUGGUUGGAGACCAACUGCUCCGGAGACUUGUGUUACCUGGGCGAGGAGACGUGCAUGGUGAAGAUUGCAAAGUCAGCUCCCAGGAGGAAGUGUGCAGCGUGUAAGAUUGUUGUCCACAUGGCCUGCAUUGAGCAGCUAGACAAGAUCAACUUCCGCUGUAAGCCAACCUUCAGAGAGGGCAGCUCCCGAUGCCUUCGAGAUAAUGUAUUAAGACAUCAUUGGGUUCACCGACGGCGGCAGGAGGGGAAGUGUCGUCAGUGUGGCAAGAGUUUCCAGCAGAAGUUCUUCCACAGUAAGGAGAUCAUCGCCAUCAGCUGCUCCUGGUGCAAGCAGGCUUUCCACAACAAGGUGACAUGCUUCAUGCUGCAUCAGAUUGAGGAACCGUGUUCGCUGGGUGCUCAUGCAGGGGUCAUCGUGCCCCCCUCAUGGAUCAUCAAAGUCAGGAAGCCACAGAGCUCGUUUAAAAACUCCACUCGGAGGAAAAAACGGACUUCAUUCAAACGGAGAACCAGCAAAAAGGGCACGGACGAGUCGAAAUGGCGGCCGUUCAUGCUGAAGCCGCUGCCUUCACCGUUAAUGAAGCCUGUGCUGGUGUUUGUUAACCCUAAGAGUGGAGGGAAUCAGGGGACCAAGUUGCUGCAGAUGUUCAUGUGGAUUUUGAAUCCUCGGCAGGUGUUUGAUCUCUCCCAGGGAGGGCCAAGAGAAGCGUUGGAAUUGUACAGGAAAGUGCCAAAUCUUCGCAUCCUCGCCUGUGGAGGAGACGGGACGGUGGGCUGGGUCCUGUCCGCUCUGGAUGAACUGCAGAUGAACCCGCAGCCUCCUGUGGCAGUGCUUCCUCUUGGAACAGGAAAUGACCUCGCCAGGACACUCAACUGGGGAGGAGGCUACACAGACGAGCCAGUGUCUAAGAUCCUGUGCCAUGUAGAAGAUGGUACAGUGGUUCAGCUGGACCGCUGGAACCUGCAAGUAGAGUGGUCUCCUGCCCAACCUGAAGAGGGCACACAGAAGCUUCCUCUGAAUGUGUUCAAUAACUACUUCAGCCUUGGCUUUGAUGCCCACGUCACGCUUGAGUUCCACGAGUCUAGAGAAGCCAACCCUGAGAAAUUCAACAGUCGCUUCCGCAACAAGAUGUUCUAUGCAGGGGCUGCCUUCUCCGACUUCCUGCAGAGGAGCUCCAGGGACCUGUCCAAGCAUGUCAAAGUGGUGUGUGAUGGUACGGAUCUCACUGCCAAGAUCCAGGAGUUGAAGUUCCAGUGCAUCGUCUUCUUAAAUAUUCCUAGGUACUGUGCAGGAACCAUGCCAUGGGGCAACACAGGAGACCACAGAGACUUUGAGCCUCAGCGGCAUGAUGAUGGCUACAUCGAGGUCAUUGGCUUUACCAUGGCUUCACUGGCGGCGCUGCAGGUGGGAGGCCAUGGGGAGAGGCUGCACCAGUGCAGGGAGGUGACUCUAACCACCUACAAGACCAUGCCUGUACAGGUGGAUGGAGAGCCGUGCCGUCUGGCACCAUCCACGCUCCGCAUCUCCCUCCGCAACCAGGCCAACAUGGUGCAGAAAAGCAAGAGGCGCACCUCUGUCCCGCUGCUCAACGACAUUCAGAAAGUGUGCGCAGCAGAUUUGCGCCGCCUCUCUGCUCCCCCAGACUCCUUCUCUGUCUCGCAUGCCGUGCCUGAACGCCUGCGACUGCGGGUCAACCGGAUCAGCCUGCCGGAGUACGAGAACCUGCAGUUUGACAAGGAGCGACUACGGGACAUCUCUACCCCGGUUGGCAUAGUGGUGGUAAGAGGAGACUGUGACCUAGAAACGUGUCGACUCUACAUUGACAGACUGCAGGAGGACCUGCAUCAGGCUCCCUCUGCUGGGCAUAGAGUGCACUAUCAGGAUGAAAUCAGAGGUUUGCCCCGGCCUGCUUCUGCCCACAGACUGUCUCCUAACUGGAGCUUUCUGGACUCCACGUCAGCUGACCGUUUUUAUCGUAUAGACAAGGCUCAGGAGCAUCUGCACUUUGUGACGGAAAUCUGUCAAGAAGAGGUGUUCAUCCUGGACCAUGAGGUGCCACCUGUGAGCCAGGGCCGAGUCCCAGAAAUGCCUGAUGUGGUGGUGGAGCCCAGCGCUGGUGUGCCCUUGACCCCAGAAGAACAAGCUUUGCUGAGUGCAGCCAGCUCAGGUGACUUACAAACGUUGUCCAGUGGUGGUCUCAGUUUGUUGGUCAGAGAUACGGGGGGCCGCUCUGCUCUGCACCUGGCCUCUCAGAACGGCCACAGCGAGGUUGUGAGCUUCAUUCUUCAACAAGGUUCAAAGAUGAUCCUGGAUUUAACUGAGAAGGAGACAGGAGACACCGCACUGCAUAAGGCUGCCCGGCGGCGGCAUCAAACUGUGUGCCGGCUCUUGCUGGAGGCUGGGGCUUCCACCAGCAAAGCCAAUUUCCUUGGAAAAACUCCCAAGGACUGUGCUCAGGAAGCUGGCGAUUCUGAACUGGCCUCCUAUCUGGACGGGCAGCAGUCAGAAGGCCCAGCGGCUCGUGAGGACCUGGAGACGGCUGUGUGAGGGAACACUGAACCCUGUGUAUGGAGAUCGGACCCCCGUACACCACGGCUUUCACCACUCAUGGAAGUAUCAGAGGUCACUCGCUCGUGUCCGGAGAGCCAGAUGGACAGAGAGAGAGAAUCGACUGGAGAACGAGGGAAUAAAGUUGAGAGGUGAGAAGGUCAUAGCAGUGACCCAAAGGAGCCUCGUACAGGGAUGGGUAUCCUUUCUGGAGAAGGACCACACUGCAAAGGAAAAGCCCGCUCUUACUUCCUACGAAUCACUGUGGGAUUAGAAUGGAUUUUAACAGAUUUGUUUUGGCAUUUAUUUAUUGCUUUUAUUUAUUGAUUUAUUUAUUAACUAAAAAACUGACUGUAGUCUGUUUUAAAAGAUGUGGUUUUCCUCUCAUGGCCUGUGUACUAGUGGUGUAGAAUGAUUGGUUAACGGGAGUAGGUUUCUCACCACAGUUCCCUCAGUGGGGGCAGUGGGUUAAGGAAUUUCUUCUAAUCAAAUCUGACAGAAUGUUACACUGCUGCCUAACCAGCCCACUCCAGUACACCUUUUAACACAUGUUUAACAUGUUGUGAAGGAAUACUGUUGAAGAGGUUUUUAUUCUUUUGACCAAAUCCACAAUAGUCAUCCACAAUGUUUAACUGUAGUACUUGCCUGUUUCACACAGUAUGACCAUAUGAUGUAAUUUGAUGUAAUAUAACCAACAUGGGUGGACAAAGGCUUCACACAACUUCUCCUCUAGACGUGAUCCACCAGCCAUGCAGCAGCAUUUUUACAGAGUCUCAUAACGCUUGGAGGAGGGCACUAAUCACUUUGUGACUUUGUGACUACCCAGAAUCGAGAGCACCACCCGGAGACCUAAUUGUGUAAUUGUGUACUUGAGUAAUGAUGAACUUCUUUCGUUACACUGGGGAGCUGACUUCAUGUGCCUGUCAUUCUAGAAAAGUCUUGAUUUUUUUUUGUUGUUUGCGCCACUUGAGAGAUUGAGCAUUCAAUUUUCUCCAUAUCACGACUCAAGAACCAUCCUAAAGAACCUGAAGAAGGAGGACUCCAACAUGCUUAUCAGUGUAAAUACGGUAUACCUGUAAUAUGAGCAUCUGUUCUGUUUUUAUUUUUUAUUAUUAUUCUUAUUCUUCUUUAUUAUUAUUAUUGUUUUGUGUGCGGUGACAGUGGUGUGAUAGUCAAAUUAUUUAUCUUAAGAAACAACGGAUAGAAUAAUCUGAGCCAUAUUCAAUGCAAUAUGAAUGGAUGACAUUUGUGCAUUUAUGUCUUUAUUUCUACAUUACAUUAAUGUUAAUAGAUGAAUGGUUGUCUAAGGCACCUACAAGCUAAGUGAUGGAAUACAGUGUGUUAUCUGUUCUUAGUAGUGAUGGAUCAUUAUGCAAUGUUAUUAAAUAAAGAUGCUUCAGAUGGUUCUUUGAGAGAUGCUGUAGAAGAACAACCACAGUGAACAUUAAAAUAGUCUUAGAUCCAAUUAAUGGGUAUCCAAGUGUUUUUUAAAACAGAGAACCACCUCCUUCUGUUUUUUUAUAUUUACAUUCAUACAAAGACGAAAACACUAGAGCGAGUAUGCUAGCCCUGUAUGAGGUGAUAGUACCUCAUAAAGAGGAAGGAAAUGAUGAAGCAGAAAAUGCAGGAGGUUUAAUCCCAAAUUACACACUUCCUACUUCCUACAUAGUGUACUUAUAUAAAUUACUACAUCUAAACAGAGCAUUAUAUAUUUGUAAAAGAACAGUAUUUACAUUUAUUCAUAUGUGGAGAUCUGAAAUGUAGUGUGUAUAAUCUGUGUGCAGUUUUAUGAGUAGGAGGUGUCAGAGAUUCAUAAAAAAGUCAUGUAUGCAUUGUGAUGCCUGCACUUUUAUAAAGUUCUUUUUUUUGUGUCCAUAUGACAAUACUGCAGAUGGUUGCACAAGUGGCUAAAAAAUCCCACCCACAAAUGUAGUAUUUUCUUUGUUAGUAUAAUAACCAGUGCAAUUUCCAAUAUUAGUUUAAUGUUGUUUCAAUGAAUAUUGUUCUUUGCUAUAUAACAAACAUAAAAAUCGUAAAUUUAUUUUUCCACAACAGUUACUGAAGUUGCUACAUGGUUUGAGGAAGGAUAGAAAAAAGCUAGCGAAUAGCAACUUUAGCUCUGUACUGUAACAUCACUUCCCCUCUUUUAAAAAGAUGCACUUCUCUGAAUGGAACUAGCAGUGAGAUAUUAGAUUGGGCCUUACAGUGGCCUACACAAGGAUAUCUUUAUAAGCUAUCCUUGCUGUUAUAAGCAUUGUUCCUUAUAGAACCAAGAGUGUUUCUUCUACAGCAUAACAUAAAGAACAAUCUAAAGCACCUUCAUUUUUAUCAGUGCAUGUCUCCACAUUUAGGGCAUUCUUUAGCUCUCUGAUUCUGUAGCCCUCUCUACUGUACUGCCACUUCAGUAACCCAGGGUCGGCAAGAUUAGCUAUGAGACAUUAAAGGGUCAGUGUUACGUUUAUCAUUUCAAUUUUCAAUAGUUGAGGCCAAAUUUUAAAAUAGAAAAUUGUGUGUAACACUUCUUUAUGUAUUCAUUUUUUACUAUUUGGUAUUGUGAAAAUAAACUUGGUUCAGUUUUAGAUUUUUGUCUUUUUCCCUUUCACAAUUAGAAUUUCUGGGAAAAUAAUUCUGUCCUGAUUUUCUGAUUUUACUAUUUUUGAAUCUUGUAAGAAAAGCCUGAUGGUAUAAUCCACCUUACUUUUGUAACAAGAUGCAUACAUGGAAAAAUCUAUAAAUCGAGGAAGAGUCUUUUUUUCCCCUAAAAUUCAGAAUGUGGCCAGCAGAAAGGAAAAACUAGACAAUUGGUGGAAAUAAAUUAAAACCCUUUUUUACUAUACUAAAUGGGAAAAAAUAAGUUAAGUUUUAAACCCAAUUUUCUGUUCAUCAAAUUAAGUAGAAAAUUUACCUGAUAAAGUUACGCUGACCCUAAAGCAACCCAACGAGUGCAGUCUCUGAUCUGUGUGGGCAGAAUGUAAGCGGUAAACGUUGAACAGUAGCUUUUUGGUGUUUAUUUUGAUAUUGUAGGCCUGCACUUUUAAUAGUGGCUGUUUCCGUUUCUGUGAAAAACUACAAAUAGAGGAAAAGCAGAAAAACGGCAAGCGUCUGCAUGAACAUGGCCACGGUGGAAAAUCGCUGAACCUGCUGUGAGUGAUUUCGGUAUUAUUGAUCUGCUGUGUUUUUCUUUUUUUUUGUAUUAUUUGUGAUUUUAAAGCUUUAUUGUGCAUGAGAUUUUGUUACUUUUCUGCCCCUCGAUGCUGAUGAUUAUGAUGGUGAUGAAAUGGCAUUAUUUCUCUAUUAUUAUUAAGAAAAGACAUAACUUAUCAGAUUUACUUGUUCAAUGAUUCUGAUAUUAGUUUUUUUUUUUAUCUUAUGAAGGAUGGGAUUACUUGAAUGUCUUUUUUUCCAUUUCUAAAGGUGUAUUUGAGUGUCUAUUUUUAGUGUCUAUUUUAGUGUCUUGGAGUCUUCACCACUGACUGGACUCUGAUGACGUAUUACUAUGGAUGUGUUACAUAGGUCUCACAUCUUUCUGGAAUGUUGCUCAUUAUAGAAGAAGUGUGGUGUGGAAAGUACCGGUGUUUUCCAUACUGAUGGGAGAAUAGUAGGACUCUUGGUAAUUCAGAUGUAAUCUGUAAUGAUUCUUUAUGCUGAGGUAAAAACCAAACAUUGUUUAUCAUCCACUGCUGACCACCAUUAAUGCUAAUGUAAACGAGUGCACCUCUCUGCCCUGUUGGAUUAUGAAACAUAACCCUUAUCCUGAGUGUUUUAUUACCCUGAGGCCCUGCCUUGUGCCAUACCAGAGACUGGCUUUAUAAUCAAGACCAAAAAAACAAUGUUUUGUCUAGAUUUUCACAGAUUUCACAUCUACACUUACUGUUACUUGGUGUCCAGUUCAUUAUUUUUGACAAAUUGAAGUAAAGCAUUUGAGAAUAAAGCAUGCCAGAUUACACACACAUCUGUAUGAGCUUGUUUUAUACCAGUGAAUUAUAAAAUACGUGGUGUUGAAAUAUCAUUGUUCUAAACUACCCUAACCCUGUACCCCAAAUAUGACCAAAUAUUUGUUGGCACCCCUUCUAAUAAAUGUGUUAUUCAGCUACUUUUAUUUAAA